AUGCUGCGUACAUAUAUCAGAUCUGAUGAACGCGAGUGGGAGCGUUUGCUUCCAGCCUUGGAACUUGCCUACAACACAACAAGUCAUUCAUCCACAGAGCUCUCUCCUUUCGAGGUCAUGAUUGGAGAAAACCCAUUGAUUGCGGCGGAACUUGAUGUCGUAGGCGCGUUAGCUCCUACACUCACUCCUCCCAUGACUAAGCUUUUUCGGCAGCUCUGCGACAGAGCGCAGAGUCACAUCCUGAAGGCGAAAUGGCAGCAGAAGUAUUACGCAGACACAAAGCGUCGAGCAGUGGAAUACGCAGUGGGAGAUAAGGUCUGGCUCAGCAGCAAGCACCUACCGCCUUUCAACAGCUGCCCUAAGCUCGAGCCCCGCCACCGCGGGCCCUUCGAACUCUUCGAACGUAUAGGAACUGUUGCUUACCGUCUCGCUCUGCCUCCCACUUAUGAAUGCCAUGAUGUUUUCCACGUUUCGCAGCUAGUUCCCCACCGCUCCCGCCCUCCCGCUUUGGUUCCCUCGGCAGCCGAUGCUGCCUGGCCUCCUAUGCACGAUGCAGCAGGCAAUCCCACAGAUGAAUAUGAAGUCGACUAUAUUAUGGACCAACGCGGCUCGGGAGAUGCAGCCCAGUACCUCGUGAAGUGGCGCGGGACCCCUGAAGAGCAAGCCACAUGGGAACCAGCUAACCAUCUUACCACUCGCUGUCGUUUUACGCAUACUGUUUGCCCUUCCACUGUUACGAAAGCCAACUCCGAAUGGAGCAGCUGGAGCUCUGGACGACGGUCCAGCUACAAAGCUAGCAUUGGCAGAAUCCGGAGAGCACAAAUGUGA